AGCCAUUAGUUGUUUUGUUUUGUGCCCCAACCAAAACUAAAUAUCAGAAACUUCCCCCACAUCAAUAUGUGGGCCCUAAAGCCCAAAUUCCCCUUCUUACUGGGCCCACUUCGGUUUUACACCUUUUUAUUCCGAAUUUUUUUUUUAUGCUUAUUCUUAUUGUUAUUAUUUUAUAUGUAACACAAAUUAUAAAUUUAUUUUUAUUUGGAAAUUAACAUUUAAUUCGUUUCGUUACAUUACUCACAGAAACAAUUACAGCUAAAUUGCAACUUCUUCUUCUUCUUCUUUUUACAAAGCCAAAACAAGAUACUUUCCCGGAAAAUAUGUAAACGACGACGACGACGACGAAUAACAACCCGAAGUCGGAAAAUUUGUACUAGAGAUAUAUAUUCUCAUAAACCAAACAAAAAGAAACAACACUUCGAAACCCGUUUAUUAAUUUUCGGAACUUUUCUUAAUUUGUUUCUGUUGGGAAUUUCCAUUGAUGCUGGUUCGUAUGCUUUGAGUUGAGUAGAAUUUGGAAGGAGAAGAAUUUUGAAACUUUUAUUGUUGAGACUGGGUUGGGUUGGGUUGGGUUGUGAGAAAUUAAAGAAGAUGGGGGCGUCGCUCUCGGGCAUGAGUGAAGGCUCGAACGGUUCUACUCUGGGUCCAGGCCUAGGGGACAUACCGGAGAGCUGCGUGGCUUGCGUAUUUCUUUAUCUGACUCCGCCGGAGAUUUGCAAUUUGGCGCGUCUCAACCGGGCCUUUCGCGGUGCGGCUUCAUCUGACUUAGUUUGGCAAAAAAAGUUGCCCCCAAAUUAUCAAGAUCUACUCAGUUUGUUACCCGCUGAAAGGUGGCAAAACUUGUCGAAGAAGGGCAUUUUCGCUCUGCUUUCUCGUCCGGUUCCCUUUGACGACGGCAAUAAGGAAAUAUGGCUGGACAAAGUCUCGGGAAGGGUUUGUAUGUCAAUAUCAGCAAGAGCGAUGGCAAUAACGGGUAUUGAAGAUCGAAGAUACUGGAAUUGGGUUCCCACAGAAGAGUCAAGGUUCCACGUUGUCGCUUAUUUGCAGCAAAUCUGGUGGUUUGAAGUAGAUGGGGUGGUGAGGUUCCAUUUUCCGGCUGACAUUUAUACUCUGUCUUUUCGCCUUCACCUUGGAAGGUUUUUCAAAAGGUUAGGACGACGUGCUUGCAGUUUUGAGCACACUCAUGGUUGGGACAUCAAACCGGUGCAAUUCGAAUUGUCCACGUCUGAUGGUCAGCAAGCAUCAUGCCAGUUCUGUUUAGAUGAGAAGGAGCAUGAUGAAAUAAAUGGAAAUCAUAAGCGGGGUUGCUGGAUAGAGUACAAAGUAGGAGAAUUUAUUGUCACUAAUUCUGAACCAGAAACUGAAGUUAGAUUUUCGAUGAAGCAGAUUGAUUGUACGCAUUCCAAAGGUGGACUUUGUGUAGAUUCUGUGUAUAUUAUCCCGAGUAAUCUGAGAGAACGUAGAAGAAAGGGAAUUUGAUGUAGCUAUACUCGUCGAUAAGUUUGUUAAUGAUCGAAGAAGAUAAGUAGUCAAGUUUUUCCAUAACAGCUUAUACUUCUAAAUGUCUUUCCAAGUUUUAGAGGAUUUCAUCAUAUUUGUAUUCUUUUUCCUUUCCCUUUUUUGUAGGCAUAUGUAUCCUCCUGUUAUGUAGUCUUCCUUUCAUUGAAUUUGAUCCAGUUUUGUUUCAAUCUAUACCUUUUCAGAUUAACUGUCAAAAUAUUACUAUAUACUAUUUGUUCAUCAAUUCUUUUUCUCCCCUUUUUCAGUUGGUUUCUGUAAA